AUGGUCAUCAGUAUCCUUUCUGGUUCCCUGUAUGACGCUGACUAUACGCGCUUCUCCAUCUUCUUCGGUUCCUCUUUGACCAUCGUCGGCAUGUGCAUGACCAGCCUCGCGCGGACAUAUGCCGAUGCGUUACUGGCGCAAGGCGUAACCGUUGGGCUACAUAUAACCCCUAUAUCUCCCUUCCUUCCUCCCCUCCAUCUCAUCCCAUCCUCUCCCAUCCCCACCCUCCCCAACAACCCCACAAACAAUACCAACCAUCCAACAAUGGGCAACGCCCCCUCCCACUUCACCCACCCCGCCACUUCUGCCCACCCCCGCGCCCGCCUCCCUAUCACGACCAACCGCUACGACUGGGUCGCGGCAGAGGGCGGCUACAUCCCGCACCGGUUCCAGGGCGCGCAUCGGGAGAAGUGGCGGAACGACGACCGCGGCGCGUACGAGAAGAAGGUGAGGUUCGAGAAGGAGAGGAGCGGGAGGCGGUAUCGGGAUGUGGCGGAGAAGAAGAGGGAGUUUAGAAGGUUGUAUGAUGAGAGGGUGAGGGGGUGA